AUGGCUGGACGGGGUCGCAGCGGUAGCAACGCUGACCAGUCAUCCACAACGACCAUCGAAGCCCGCUUGAAGGGCACGCGCCGGAAGAUUUCUCUCGUUUUCAUCACAGUCAUUCUUAAUGUAUUGCUUUGGAGCGCUAUCAUUUGCAUCGCCGCAUCCCUCUAUCAGAUCAUCUCGGAUCCAUUUAAUACUUCAAGUUACGCCCAGGUGGGUUUAACGAUAAUAUCAGCCUUGUUGACGAUUGGAUAUACCAUCUUUCAUUCAAUUCUUGCACUGAAGCAGAAGCUAUGGGAACAACAACGGCGAUACUCGGUCGCCAUGAAAAGGAAUUCUACUGUUCCUACUCGUAUAGCAGGAUCAAUGUGCGCACUCUGGCUGCUGACUUCCGGUUGGGACAUGAUACUGGUCGCAAGCACACCUGUCUGUUUGCCAAUGGCACCAGAGCUCGACAGCUCGGAAUACGGCCUCACCUGUCAUAUCAGUCGCGUCGGAAUAGCUUUCGCAGUAAUCUCACUUGCUUCGUCAAUUGCCCUCUUGGGCAUUCUUGCUGGUAUUGGCCGUCCGUUCGAAGCGCAUUUGCUCAACCAUGGUUACCAGCCGCCAAUCGAAGUGUACUCGAAACCUUAUACUCCCGGACCAUCUGAUUCGGAGGUUGUCAUGUAUCAAUCUCGCGAACAUUUUCACAGGCCAAAGUUGUUGCAUGAGAUUAAAGUCUCCGAUCCUUCGAACGCCAAUUCAGAUUUGCCCAGUCCAGAGGAUGCUCUGCUACGUGCGAUCAUGUCACCUCCUUAUACAGUGUUUUCUCCCCGAAGAGGCGUUUUCACGUCCCAUCACACGCCGCCGCCUAUUCCUGCCGAGUAUGUUGCUCCGAGACGAAACUCACUACCUGGCACCUUCCGAGUAGCACACCAACCACACAGAUACCAAAAGUCACUUGCAAACUCGUCGCGAUCUUUUGUAUCUGGCGUAGUCCCAGGAUCUACACGGCAAUCAUUACCUGCGCACUUUUCGAAAGCGACAUGGCGCGUUGCCCAUCCCAACCCAGCUUCACUAGCACUACUGGCUCAUUCUCAUCCCGAAGUUGUCAACCGCAGGUUUUCCUCCUACCAGAGUCCCUAUUCUCGCCAUUCGACGACACUCACCCGCCCACAACGCCUGAGCUAUCAUUCAGCUGCUCCAAGUGUCCGCUCACAAUCUGAACAUACAGACUCAGAUCGUCGAAGUAACUCGUUAUCGAGAGGCAAUUCAAGCGAAAUAGCGCGUGCCUUCGUACAAGGUCUAUCUAUGCCCGCACCCGCCCAUCAUCCUCCUCGCCCUCGCAACAUCCGCAUAACAACUACCCUCGACACUGGAUCCACUGAAAAGCAGUUCCACCGCAUGAGCGCUCCCCUCCCAACCAAUACCACACAAGAUGCCCCACCCACAUUCCCUAAUCCAAACAGACCCUACAUCCGCAGCGCCUCCCCCGGCUUCCUCAGCUUCUUUAGUCCAGAUACCAGUCCCGUCGACACCUCCCCUACGGAUCCCAACCCUCCAACCACCACCCUCGCCCCAAACACCAACAAACCCAAUCACAAGAUCCCACGUAAACCUGUCCCGCUCUCUCGCCGCCCCUCGGAAGCUGCAAGAGCCAUGUUCAGCAACAUGCCCGAUGACCUACCGAUUCUUCCGCGAUCGCCCAGAUCCCCCGGUGCGACGAUGCUAGUUAUGAUGACGCAUGGGCCUGUGAAGCAGAAGAGGAUGAGCGUGUAUGAGGAGGUGAAAAAUAAGCCGUUGUCCCGGAUCGCGAUUUUGUAA